CCGUAAGAUAGGUUCUUCCUACAUCGGCAUGAAGUUCUUCCAGAACAACAUUCAGCACUUAAAAGCAAGCCGUCUUCCUAUUGUUCCCUUCAGAUUUAUCUGAUCCCACAUCACAUCCUUACAAACAAUGCGUCUCUGCUUCGUCCUCGCCGUUAUUGCUGCGUUGACAGCGUCAAUAUUUGCCAGUCCCGUCGACAGCCGCAGUGAUGCUGAAGCUAGUCAUCAUUGUCACGUAUAUUGCAAUUGGGAACCCUGCUGCCAUGGAGAAAAAUGCAUGUUGUCAAGACAUCUGGGUAUGCGUGAAAGAUUGAGACUCUGGCAUGUCGCGGCAGCGAACCACCGUCGUGUUUCUGCUUUCGCAUCGGUGCUGUAUGGUUGGCACGAUGCGUGACUUAAUAGUGGUUUCUUGCCGAGUUGAUCAAUGUGCUUGCUUCUGAACAAAUUUCACUG